AUGGUGAGCUAUAUACCAUCUCUGGUUCUAGUACUACUGCUAUCAAGUUUGGGUCUCGGCGCUAGCUUUCGCAUCACCUCCCAUGCUGAAGCAUGCAGACCUAGUGGGUUCCUUAAAGGCAAGGCUGGCAAGUGCAACCCCGAGAACGAAUCCGAGUGUUGUAAGGCUGGAGAGAAGUACCCACAGUACCGUUGCUCGCCGCCGGUGACCGAAGCCACCCGUGCAACGAUGACCAUCAACAGCUUCGAAAAAGGUGGGGAUGGGGGUGGACCUUCGGAGUGCGACAAUAGUUACCACAGUGAUCAUGAGAGAGUUGUGGCCCUCUCAACAGGUUGGUACCAUCACGGCAGCCGAUGCGGCAAAAACAUCAGGAUCCAUGCAAAUGGUAAGUCCGUACUGGCUAAAGUUGUUGAUGAGUGUGAUUCUGUACAUGGUUGCGACGCCGAGCACGAUUUCCAGCCACCAUGUCCUCACAAUAUAGUGGAUGCUUCACCGGCAGUGUGGAAGGCUCUCAGGAUCCCUUCGCACGUUGGAGAGCAUAAGAUUACUUGGUCCGAUGCAUGAUACAUUAGCAAAGAUCUCGCAUUGGAAACCUAUGUUGUGCACCUACAAUAAAUUCCAAAGUCACUCU